AACAACUCUUUCGGUCCUCAGUGAGCUAUAGGGACGCUGUUGCGAAAGCAGAUUUGCGUCAAAUCGCCGCGGAGUACAAAACUCUCAGAAGUGACCUAAAAGCCUCAAGAUCUGGAUUUGACACGGAACUUUGGAGACUUGGGCUCACCUCCAAGACUGCGCGUUUUACCUCCUCACCCUUAGGAAGUUUCUCCAAAGAUCAGCACAUUGGCAGCGCGCGCGGUGAAGCGGUAUAUUCCCUUCCUCUCCAUUCCUUCUCCUCCUUUUAUUUAUUUUCUUUUAUUUCUCAUCUUCAAAGAAAUCUGUCAUUUGUGUCUGAAGUGAUUGAAUCAGACCGCACAUUUGGAACGCGGACAACCCAGCGUUUGGGGUGCAUGCAUCAAUGCCAAGAAAUCUCAUUAGGGAAGCUGGGCCCAAGGAAACCAACGGUAUCGUGUGCAACAUGGAUCCCCCAGCCAAGGAGAUGAGAUCAUUGGAGAGCAGACCCGCAUCGCCUGUGAGGGCUCAGGGCUCUUGCGCCAGCCUGAAGAUGUUCCUGGUGGCCCUGUCCUUUGCCUACUUCGCCAAGUCAUUGUCGGGGAGCUAUAUGAAAAGCACAAUAACCCAGCUGGAGAGGCGCUUUGACAUCCCCAGUUAUUUAGUCGGUGUCAUAGACGGGAGCUUUGAAAUAGGUAAUUUGCUGGUGAUUGCGUUUGUGAGUUACUUUGGGGCCAAGUUACACCGCCCGAAGAUCAUAGCGGUGGGGUGCCUACUCAUGUCCAUCGGAACAUUCUUCAUCGCUCUGCCACACUUUAUUAUUGGACGCUAUAAGUUUGACUCGCCGGUUAGACCUUCAGUGAACUCAACCAAUGUCUUCUCCCCAUGUCCAGCAAGCUCACCUGAGGCACUGUCUGCAGGUGACAACUCCUCUGAGGUACCCAUAGCAGGCUGUGAGCGAGAGUCUAGUCUCUCCAUGUGGAUUUAUGUUCUGCUGGGGAACGUGUUGCGCGGAAUAGGAGAGACUCCUGUUCAGCCCCUCGGAAUUUCAUACAUCGAUGACCAUGCUCUGGAGGAGAACGCUGCCUUCUACAUCGGCUGUAUCCAGACCAUAAUGGUCAUCGGUCCCGUGUUUGGGUACUUGCUGGGAUCCCUGUGCGCCAAGAUUUACGUGGACAUUGGAUUUGUCAACAUGGAGAACAUCAGCAUAGACCCAGGAGAUGCCCGUUGGGUGGGAGCGUGGUGGCUGGGCUACCUCAUCGCUGGUUUCCUUACCCUGUUGUCAGCCAUCCCCUUCUGGUUCCUGCCCAAGUCCCUUCCACUUCCUGUGGACCCCCAACUGGAGAAGGGCUCGGCCGAGCAGGCCAACUCCAUCAAGGAACACAAGUACCAGGCGGACGAGCCUGCCAACUGCCUGGAAAUGGCCAAAGACUUCCUGCCGGCACUGAAGUCUCUUCUGGGAAAUCCGUUGUACUUCCUCUAUCUGUGUGUGACCAUUAUUCAGUUCAACUCUCUAAUUGGCAUGGUCACAUACAAGCCCAAGUACAUAGAACAGCACUACGGGAAGUCAGCCUCCACUGCCAACUUUUUAAUGGGAGUCAUAAACAUUCCCGCCGUUGCCUUGGGAAUAUUCUCCGGUGGUGUGGUGAUGAAGAAGUUCAAGCUCAGCGUCAUGGGAGCCGCCAAGUUUGCGUUAGGAACGUCGCUGCUCGGAUAUGCCCUCUCCUUCCUCUUCCUCGCCAUGGGCUGUGAGAAUUCCAAAGUGGCUGGAGUAACCGCGUCAUAUCAGGGUGUGGAAGGCCCCUCUUAUAGCGAGAGUGCACUGUAUGUGCAGUGCAACGCGGUGUGCCAUUGCUCAGGAAAGGAAUGGGACCCAGUGUGCGGCGAGGACGGCAUCACGUAUGCAUCCCCGUGCCUGGCCGGGUGCCACUCCUCCAGGGGAUCAGGGAAGACCAUGAUGUUUGGCGACUGCAGCUGUGUCGGCGCGGGGAACCACACGGCCAGAGUGGGCCUGUGUCAAGACAGGAAGUCAUGUGACAACAUACUGCCCUACUUCCUGACUGUGUCCGUGCUCACCUCCUUCAUCAUCUCGCUGGGCGGCACGCCAGGAUACAUGCUUCUCAUCAGGUGUAUACAACCACAGCUGAAAUCGCUAGCUCUGGGGUUCCAUACACUGGCUACAAGGACCUUGGCUGGCAUCCCGGCUCCUAUAUACUUUGGGGCCAUCAUCGACACCACCUGCCUGAAGUGGGGCCAGAAGAGCUGUGGGGGAAGAGGAGCCUGCAGGAUCUACGACACGGCAGCAUACAGGACGGCCUACCUGGGCCUUACCCUGAGCCUGCGUGCCGUCUCCUUCCUGCUGUGCAUCUGGGGCUUCGUGGUUCUCCGGCGGCAGGUGCGGAGGCAGGAGCGGGCCCCGCUGACCAACGGAGCCCUGGCUGGUGCCACUAUGGCAGCCGAGCUGGAGGCCCUCAGAAAGGAUGAGGCGGAGGCUGAGGAGAACCAGGGCUCGGACCAUCAGAACCAAGCACAUACCCACAUCCACACCCACACAGAGACCCAGAUCAAGAGGCAGAGCCAGAGUGAGAGCCAGAUCGGCUCGGACUGCAACCACCCGGAGCGGGAGACGCGCCUAAACCAGAACACAAUAUGCUGCCAUUGUGAUUGAAGUUGACGUUCGACAGGGGAUCGUAAAGCUAAGAAGACUAAGAAUGGAAAUAGAUCAGACCUAACUAUUGUGCGAAUGUGUAUGUUGGCGAGGGCCUCCCUUCAAAAAAAACCCCUGAUCAACAAACAAAACUGCCUGGGGAGCCUUGUGAGGAGACCUUCUUAGAAUAGCCAUGUUGAUCCAAGAUGUUGUAACUGGCCUUUCAUGUCAAGGUUUGUGAAUGUUGAAACAAUGGAGCGAAGGGGUCCUUAGAUCAGCUGUCCGGCACACUCACUUUACAGUGCUUUUGGUGUGUGUGUGAGAGUGUGUGUGUGUGUCUAUGUGUAUGAGGGUAGACAUAGUGUGGUAGGCCUUUCCACCUCCUUUCGCUUUGAAACGACUGUGCAGGUUUCCCCUCCCUGUGUCGGUGGUUCCUGUCCUAUUGCUACUGUGCGUUUGUUGUCAUUCCAGGAGAAAUAUUUGUGUGAUUUAGUCAGAGUCAACAAGCAAUCAGUCAGUCAUUUGGCGAUCAGUAGACACAGAGACACAAGAGAGAGAGAGAGAGGGCGGGCGCGUGCUUUAUCCCUCCCCCAGCCAGCAACCACACAAGACAAGAACAGACGUCCUGCUGCAAGACCGAUCAAGUCCACACAGGGGCAGUGUCGCACCACAUCUUUCUAAUAAAUGCAGCCCAGCAUAUGGGCACUGAGAA